AUGGAGAACCCAGAAUCAGCCCCUGCGCUCAGUGCGCUGGUAUCGCAGAAUGCUACCGUCUCGCGACAAUUGUACACACGACCCGCGGCGCCAUCGAACUCGGCGUCCACCGAAGCCGCCAACAAACGCCAGAAGCUCGACGACGCGUCCUUUGAGGACCCCAUGAUGAAGCAUCGCUACCUCGCCGAGUACAGUACGGUAGAGAAACUACCGGCAUCAAUAGCCGCGAAGCAGCCCGGCGCGAAGCCCAAGAAGAAGACAAUCACGAACGCGGUGGUGAAGCGACCGACACAGAAGCUAUUGGAAGGCCCUGGCGGCAGUAGCAGCAAACCUGGCGACGGCGCGACGCGCGAGGCGGGCAUGGACUUGACGACAAAGGGGACGCCACAACUUGUCCAGCCUCGACCGGAGUGGCACCCCCCAUGGAAGCUGAUGCGUGUUAUCUCGGGCCAUCUCGGUUGGGUCCGCGCAUUGGCCGUCGAGCCCGGGAACAAGUGGUUCGCGAGUGGUGCCGGUGACAGGACCAUCAAGAUCUGGGACAUGCCGACAGGCGGGCUGAAACUGACGUUGACGGGACACAUCAGCACUGUUCGCGGGCUGGCCGUCUCCCCCCGUCAUCCAUACCUGUUUUCCUGCGGCGAGGACAAGAUGGUCAAAUGCUGGGAUCUCGAGACAAACAAGGUCAUCCGGCACUAUCACGGCCACCUGAGUGGUGUCUACACUCUUGCCAUCCAUCCCACCCUCGACGUCCUCGUCACGGGCGGCCGCGACGGCGUGGCCCGCGUGUGGGACAUGCGCACGCGCAGCAACAUCCACGUCCUCUCCGGUCACAAGCAGACAGUCUCGCAGCUUGUCUGUCAGGAGGCGGAUCCGCAGGUCAUCACCGCCUCGCUCGACUCGACCGUGCGCAUGUGGGAUCUGGCCGCCGGCAAGUCCAUGGGCGUCCUGACACAUCACAAGAAGGGCGUGCGAGCGCUGGCGACGCACCCGGAAGAGUUCACUUUUGCGACGGGCAGCACAGGCAGCAUCAAGCAGUGGAAGUGCCCGGAAGGUGCAUUCAUGCAGAACUUUGAGGGCCACAACGCCAUCAUCAACACGUUGAGCGUAAACCAGAACAAUGUUUUCUUCUCGGGAGCUGACAACGGAUCCAUGAGCUUCUGGGAUUGGAAGACGGGACAUCGGUACCAGUCUAUGGACACCAUGGCGCAGCCGGGCUCUCUAGACGCCGAAGCGGGCAUCAUGAGCUCGACAUUCGAUCGUUCGGGGCUCCGCCUGAUCUGCGGCGAGGCUGACAAGACCAUCAAAAUUUGGAAGCCCGAUGAGAAGGCCUCUCCCGAGACACACCCACUCCAGUGGACACCAACACUACAGCACCGUAAAUUUUGA